AUGUCCCGCGACGCUCACCUCACCUCUUUGCACCUCCACUCUCCCCACCACGCCGACCUCUUCGAAGAGUUCUGCCGUCCCCCCGCUGUGGGCAACGCAGCAUCAUCCCAACAAUUGCAACCCCCCUCCCUCGCCAACCAGCAUCCCCAGCACUCCAACACAACCACCACGCAACCUACCACCGACGCCGCCUCCGGCAUGGUCGCCCUGCCCGGCCACUUCCUACCCUUCGAGGAGAUCGCGCUGCCGCCGGAACUGAUGCCGCUGAACCCAGAGGACGAGGAUGGCGUGGUGCCGGACAUGCACGCGGCAUUUGGCAUCUUGCGCGCGCUGGGCCCUCCGGGCCACGCCGCGAACGGGACGGGUGCCGUGGGCUAUGGUCAGCAAGCUGGUGGUGAGGAGAGCAGGGCUGGCGCGCAGAGGGGCGAGGAGACGUGGCGCGACCUGGGAAUGGAGGGGGUGUUGGCCUCUGGUGGUGGUGAUGCUGCGGGGAGGGGGGCUCGCAGUGGGAUCGGAAAUGCGAGUGCUAUGGGGGCAAGGCACAGAGAGGGCCGGCGCAUGGGCUUGCUACUUAUGCGGUGA